GAGAUCUGUUUACAAACCCAAGGCAGAGCAAGAGCAAGGGGAGGAAGGGAAAGGCGAAUUGCAGGCUCUCUCUGAGCACCAUUAAGGAUUGAAAGAGGAAGAGGGGAGGCCUGUCAUGACAAAGCCAGCUGGAGAGGGAAGCACAUCUCUGGCUUCUAUACUGAGGAGGAAUACCCACAGCAAGAUCAGAGGACUGGAGGAGGAGACAACAGAGGAGAGGAGAGGGGGAUGAGACUUGUGAAAAUCCUCUGUUAAAAAAAGCAGCUUUGGGAGGAAGACAAAGCACAGACUAAUGCCAGAUAAUUACCUUCAUUGGAUGAGGACUGUCAUUUUGAACGGUGGAUGUCAUUGAAUUUGGUGAGGGGACGAGACUGCAGACGCAAAGUGAAGCCAGAGAGGCCCUUUUCGUCUGGAAAUGAGCACAUGAGGUCUUCGGUCCCGGUCCAAACCCCAGUCCCAAAUCUCCCAAUCUUUACACAGAGUGGUUAAUCCAGAUUUGAGAAUGCUGGGCAGCACAGAGUGCUGAGCCAACAAAACCGCACCUCCUGAGGAUUUGUGGAAUCUGAAGCAAAUCUGAAAAUCUUGAUGGUUGUUUUUUGGAGGAGCUAAGUCAACCCAACGAGAGCGCGAUCCAGCUCAGGGUGACUGAAUCCAGGCUCCAAACAGAUUCAGAUUCUCCAGCCUUCUCCUGACAGGGUCUGAAUUUACUGCUGUUGCUCUGGGAGUCAAAUUUCAUGCAACCAUUCCAAUGGUGUAACGGAUGCCUGUGUGGUUUGGGUUCUCAGCGUUCUGAACACUACUGCAGCAUGACGUCUGACAUCUAUCACCUCCCGCUCAAUGUGUAUGUCAUUGUGCUGGGCAUCGGCCUCUUCGUCUUCAUGCUCAGCCUCAUCUUCUGCUGCUACCUUUUCAGGUUGAAACAACAAGGGACAAGGGAGCAGUUCAGCUACAACGAGGUGGUGCUGAAGGGAGCAAGCAAGAAACUGAGCCUCCUAGGACAAACCUGUGCGGUGUGUCUGGAAGAAUUCAGGACCAGGGAUGAACUGGGAGUGUGCCCAUGCUCACAUGCAUUUCACAAGAAGUGCCUGCUUAAGUGGCUGGAGAUCCGCAGCGUGUGCCCCAUGUGUAACAAACCCAUCCUCCGGCUCCACACAGACGCUCCCCAGGGUGCGGAGGUUCCAAUGGAUCCGGAGGAGGUGUGAGGGAGCUUGGAAAGAGGAAACCGGACUCCCCUUACAGAAAACACACACAUUAAAUACACUAGGAUGAUGGACAGCGGUCAUCUUUAGGUCAUCUCACAGGAAAUGUUGAUAAUGAUCCCAAGUGGCCGCCCUGCUGCUGACCUUUGAGCAGUAUGCCUUGCUGGGAAUUAAAUAUUGACAGCACCAAAAUGAUUUGGUCAGAUCAGUCAGGGAGUGGGUUGAUGAAUAGGAUCUUUUCAUAAAAAAUGCUCCUAGUUCUACUUCCAUAUUGCACUGUUCACCAAAAAACAUGACAGGAAAAGGAGCCAGAUUAGAGAGCAGGAUAUCAUUGCCACAGUCACUGGACGACUAGUGCAGCACUGCCAGAGGCCAACAACACUUCAGGCAUUGAGUAGGAUAUGAGAGUACAGGAUCAGUAUGGAUACCUCUAAUAUCUCAGGGGUGUUACCAAUACAGCCAGCACAAACCAUGUCAGUCACCCUAUAACCCUGUGCCACACAUCUUCAAUACUGCCAAUGUAGGUGAAAUGCUCCAGCAGUCAGAGGUAGCCACGACGUCCGGCUGAAACCAAGACCAGCGGGAUUACCACCAUGACGAUUUAAGUAGAGAAUAUUGUUACUGAUUGUGUCCCAGGCCCUUUCCUUUUAAAAAGACUGAUAGAAAACUAGUCUUGCCUGUAUGUAUUGUAUGUAAACAUGUCCCCUAUAUAUUGUUAUUUUGUAUUUGUUGCUUUUAAAUAAAAUGUCACGUAAUGUAUUGUAA